GUUUAAGAGAAUUGAGGCGGAAAACGUUGUUACUAAGUUGGUAGCCACAAUAUUAUAACCGAUGCUUUAAUUAAUAUUUUUUUGUUUAUAAACCGACAAUAAGAUGUAGAGUUCAUAGUAGUUUAAUACUGUUGACGGUUCUGGCUGAACUUCUGUCCAGAAGACACGGAAAACAGCAUAAUCGUCACAAAAGAAAUUAUUCUCUGCAGCGGAGACGAGAGUCUGCUUUGGAUAAGCUAUCUAUGUCAAUCACUAGCUUAGCUGCUAGCUAGUUUGUUGAUUUCUUUUACAGACUGAGUUUCAAGAAAACUUAAAGUAUAAACUCAACGUUUAGAUUGCUCGCGAAUGCUUUUAUACGAAGUGGCGAAGCACUGGCUAGCUAACUUUGAAGCUCGGUCUUGAAAAGUUGCGUGUGUUCGAUUCGAGUAGCCUUCGGUGAGGAUGUCGUGCCGUAGCGGAAUGGGGGUGAUAAGGGGGGGCACCACAGGUCUACAACCUCUAAGAGCCACGGUUCCAUUCCAGCUACAUAACAAAGCACAGCCGGGCCAGAGAGAUGCCAAGACAGCUGAGAAGACCAAAUCGCGGCCCCCGAAACCAAGCAUCCGUCGCACCCUGUCUCUGGACACCAUCGUCGGACCGUACCUGCAGGGCCAGUGGCCGAAGGAGCUGGACAGCCAGGGGAUCUACAGCACGAACGACAAGGCCACACAGACACCCUCUUCAUGGACGGAGGAAGUUCAGGGCAGAAGAGGGGGAGGGGUGCACAAACGUUCUGCUUCCUGGGGCAGCGCUGAGCACCUAAGGGAGAUCGCUAAACUGAAACACCAGCUGCAGCAGCGCUCCAAACAGGGGUCCCGCGGGGGCAGAGAUAGAGAUCGGCACCAGCCUCCCCUAUCUGGGAGCCAUUCCCCUGGGGCUACACAGACGAUGCCCCUGCCCGUACCCCUGACGCCCCUCAGCAAGCUGACUCCCCGCCUGCGCCACAGCGUGGAGGGGCUGAACCAGGAGCUGGAGGGCGUGUUUGUGUGCGAGACCCCUGAGGAACAGCACAGGAUUCUGGAGGUUCCAGAUGGCCACAAAGCCCCCGUGCCCUCCCAGAGGUGCAGCAGUGGCCCCCCGAGCUGCGCCUCCCCCGCGCUCCUCUUCACCUCCGCCUCCCGCUGCUCCUCCCUCUCCCCCUGCACCCUCGGAGAAGGAGACGUGGCCACGGAAGCUGAUGCAGUGGAGCUGGUGAGCUGCGGGAUGGUGCGUCCGUCGCCCUCCCCGCCCCUGAACUGCGCAGAGCCCUCUCCUCUGGAGCUGUCCUCCUCCCCGCGUCCCAACAAGAGCUACUCCUUCCAGAGGGAGCCCCCGGAGGGCUGCGAGAGGGUGCGCGUCUGUGAGGAAACCCUCUCUCCUUGUCUGGGCCAGGCCUCCUUCCUCUCAUCCUGUCCUGACCCCAACAAGGUGAACUUCACCACCCACGGAGGCUCGGCCUUCUGCCCCGUCAGCCUGCUGAGGCCUCUGCUGCCCUCCAUGGACAUCUUGUUCCGCAGCCUCUCUGUCUCCCCUGUCACCGGCUGCUCUGGCCAGGGGGGUGCUUACCAGCCGGCCCCGCCCGGGGUGGCCGUGUACCUGGGGCCCCUCUCAGACUCUGCCACCACUGCCAUGUAAGGGGGCUCUGCCAUGGGAGAGGGAGAAGAGAUGAGCAAAUGGCAGGGGUGCAGACUCGACUGCUGGUGAUGAGUCUCCCAGUCUUUCAUCUCGUCACCGGUCAGUUUGAAACUGCACCACGCGGACUUCCUGUUCACUCGAGAUUGAUUGUGGCUCCAAAAAAGUGUGUGUGUGUGUGUGUGUGUGGGGUGGGGGGGGUAGUUUUUCUGAGAUGACACCAAAGCCACUGUGCCCUGCUUCUGUCAAGUCCACCAGCAGGAUGUUAGUUGACCAAGGAAGGAUUUAUCAGGGAAAUAGUUUGAAUUCCAUCGCCCUUGCAACCCCCCCCCCCCCAAAAAAAAAC